AUGAAUCCAGAUAGUCCUGCACUGCCGGCCAUGGGUAGUGGAUAUGCGGUUCAUGGCAUGGCAGGCAUGCCUAUGGGCCCACCUGCCAUGGGUGGAUAUCCGUUUGGCACAUACGGAGGUGGAUUUGCGUACGGGCAGCCUAGAUUUGGGGGUCAAGUAGGAUACGGACAGCCUGGUGUGUACGGAGGGCAGGGCGGAUAUGGGGGGUAUGGAGGAUCUCGCGCGCUUGCGACUGCACCUGCACCGACUGCGACACCUACGCCGGCUGCUACACCAUCAGCAAAGAGCAGGCCGGUGCUGGAUCCUGAGAAGUUCAGGCCUCCGCCUGCACCCUAUACCGACCAGACGCUGUUGGGACAUCGCGGUUCAAGACCAAGAUUCCCCAUGUGCUUGCGGUGCGGGCGGGUGAGGGACAAUCAUCCCGAAUUUGUGGAUUGCCUGGGGAAGUGCGACAUUUGCAAAAGCCACGCUCACUGGGGCAAGCCUUGCGACCGCAUCUGGGCCAGCAAAAAAUCGUGGAGCGACCACCACCAGCCAGGUGCGCCCGAAUACGUCCAGUUGCGGCCCUCGCCAUCACAACGCGAGCAGCUUGCGUUGUUGGAUCCUUGGUUUCUAACCAACCCGCCUUCGAUCAACGAAGACCUAGUGACGUUGGCGCAAGGCGUAAAGCGCAAGGGCGACGAUGAACAUGUCAAGGCUGGGUCUCAACGCCGGCACCAUCUGGGGGCCGUCAAUGCGCUCAAGCAUAAGUUGGGGGCUGCAGAGAUGCUCCAGCAUAAACAUCAAAAGAAGCAUGCUGAUGAGAUGGUGUUGCGCCUAAAUGCCGAGAAGGCUCAUCGAGCCGCCCUGGACGAGAUUCGGGCGAAAGAGCGGGAGCGAGUGGUGAUUGAGCGAGAGAAGGAUAGCCUCGAGGCGAGACACAAGCAGCUGCAGAUCCGAGCCCGAGACUAUGAAGAAGAGAUCUCGUCCCUCAAAGACAAAUUGAGGCGACGCGACGCCGCGCAUGCCGAGUCUGCCAGCUCUCGCCCUCCUGCCCAGACUCCGCAACAAUCAAUCGAUUGA